GUUUUCCCUUGAGGCUGGAAAAGCCCAAAAAUGUUGACUAAGCGUCGUCUGCUUAUUUAUCAGUUUACGAUUUACCUAGCAGUUUACAGUUGUUUGUGUUGCAAUCAGGUUGUUAGCAAAAAUGGUCCAUGGGUUUGUUUUACGAGCCUUUAAUAAAGGUCAAAAUGGGUGUUUGAUUUUUAAACGUUUGUAUUCGUGGACGGAGCAAUCUUUCCCUAAAAUUACGACCCAUUACACAGUCUAUCCACGAGAAAAGGAUCCAAGAUGGGAAGGUGUGGACAUGGAGCGAGCAGUAGAUGAGGUUGAUGUUGUUAUUGUUGGUGGUGGGCCUGCUGGAAUGUCUGCAGCCAUCCGCCUGAAACAACUUGCUGCCCAGCAUGAAAAAGAAAUGAGAAUUUGUGUUGUUGAAAAGGCAGCUGAAAUAGGUGGUCAUACAUUGUCUGGAGCCUGUCUGGAGCUAGCUGCUCUGAAUGAAUUAAUUCCUGAUUGGAAAGAACGUGGUGCUCCUCUUCACACCCCAGUAACAGUUGACAAGUUUGCUCUAUUGACUGAAAACUAUAGGGUCCCAUUGCCAAUAUUCCCAGGUAUGCCAAUGCAUAACCAUGGAAACAUGAUUGUGAGACUGGGCCAUUUUGUCCAGUGGUUGGGUUCACAAGCAGAAGAAUUGGGUGUCGAAAUUUACCCUGGCAUAGCAGCAUCUGAAAUACUCUACCAUGAAGAUGGAAGUGUUAAAGGAGUCGCUACUAACGAUGUUGGAAUCGCAAAAGAUGGAUCUCCUAAAGAUACGUUUGCUCGGGGAAUGGAAUUGCACGCAAAAUGUACCAUCUUUGCUGAAGGUUGUCACGGUCAUUUGGCGAAGAGACUCUACAAAAAAUUCAAUUUACGCACAGAAUGUGAACCUCAAACGUAUGCUAUUGGAUUAAAAGAACUGUGGGAGAUUGAUCCUGCUAAGCAUCGUCCAGGACAGAUAGAACAUACCGUCGGUUGGCCAUUGGAGCGAACAACAUAUGGUGGAUCAUUUCUUUACCACGUUACGGACGAAAACAAAACGCCCCUUAUAGCUAUGGGCCUUGUGAUUGGGCUUGACUACCGUAAUCCAUUUAUCAGCCCAUACAAAGAAUUCCAGCGAUGGAAACUCCACCCUUCUGUAAAGCCAUUGCUAGAAGGAGCGAAAAGGAUUGGCUAUGGCGCUCGGGCCCUUAAUGAAGGAGGUUUACAGUCAAUUCCGAAAUUGACUUUUCCAGGAGGUUGCCUGGUCGGCUGUUCACCUGGUUUUAUGAAUGUUCCAAAAAUCAAGGGAACACACAAUGCAAUGAAGAGUGCCAUGUUAGCGGCCGAAAGCAUAUUUGAUACCAUUAACAGUGAUAUUAAGCAAGAAACGGUCGGCAUAAAUCCAGUAGUCUACGAAGAGCGAAUUCGGAACAGUUGCGUUUGGAAAGAACUCCAGAGCGUCAGAAACGUAAGACCUUCUUUCAGUUCAGCUCUUGGCUUAUAUGGCGGGCUUAUGUACACUGGGCUAUUUUACGUACUCGGUCGAGGGAAAGAGCCUUGGACGUUUACACAUCACGGGGCUGACCAUCGAAAGCUAAAACCCGCUGCCCAAUGCCAACCGGUUGACUAUCCAAAGCCUGAUGGGAAAAUAACUUUUGAUCUAUUGACUUCAGUUGCGUUAACGGGAACGAACCAUGAAGGGGAUCAACCACCUCAUUUAACGUUGAAGGACGACACAGUUCCAGUCAAGCAAAAUCUUGCUGUAUAUGAUGGCCCAGAGGGCCGCUUUUGUCCCGCUGGUGUUUACGAAUACGUGCCAACAGAAGAUGGCCAGAGUAAAAAGUUCCAAAUAAAUGCUCAAAAUUGUAUUCACUGUAAGACAUGUGAUAUCAAAGACCCCAGUCAAAACAUCAAUUGGGUCGCCCCUGAGGGUGGCGGUGGACCUGCGUACAACGGAAUGUGAAUGAAAUAGCCUUUUGUUCACAGAAUUUUAAUUAAGCCUGAAUAAUAUCUGAUAAUCAAUGCAACAUUCUUUUCCCCCAGCGAGAGCUAUCAGCUAAUUUGUUCUUCAAAUAUUUCUCCCAUGCUUGUACGAAUGACUUCAUCAGGAAUUUUUAGCAUUAUGUAUUUUUGAGAAUGGUAACUGGGUUAGAGACAUAUGUUGUAUGCCGUCUAGUUGUUUUGCUUGAAAGAGCUUGCAUUUAUCUAGGCAUACAAAAAUACAUUCUACGUAAAUUUA